GUUUGUUUUAUUUAGAUCAACUAGACAAAGGCAUUCUUCCAUCGUUCGCGUCUGGUUCGUUCCCCUCCUUGCCCGCUUCCGCUUCCGGCGAUCAGGCAAAGAAUCAUUUAUCUCUCCCCGCCAAUUUCUCAGCCACACCAAGCAUAUCCACCAUGAGCAGCGUACGGCGCAUGACGCCAACGGACCUGUUCUCGCUCAAUCUGACCAAUCUCGAUCCUCUGACGGAGAACUAUGACCUGGGAUUCUACCUGAACUAUCUGAUGCGAUGGCCGUCGCUAUUCAACGUGGUUGAGGAUCACGAUGGCAGUAUUGUUGGUUACAUAAUGGGCAAGCUCGAGGAGCAGCCCCCCUCGAUGCGACAUUCGGAACACUACACUCCCUGGCACGGACACAUUACCGUGUUGACAGUUGCGCCAGCAUCGCGACGACUAGGCCAUGCGCGCCGUCUGACCGAGAGCCUGGAGCGGUCCUCCGAUAUCAACGAUGCGUGGUUCGUGGAUCUGUACGUGCGCGCGGGCAACAAGGUCGCAGUAGGAAUGUACAAGGGAAUGGGAUACUCGGUAUUCCGACGAGUGGUGAAUUACUACAGCGACGACCCGACGGGUCUUUCAGAAGGCGAGGAUGCGUUUGAUAUGAGGAAACCGUGCAGUCGGGAUAAGAACUUGCAGCAUAUUCGCGAGAACGGAGAGCAGUUCCUGGUGAAUCCGGAAGAUGUCUAUUAGCGUUGUCGAUAUGGGAAAAGAUUAAAGCAUUAGGAGCAUUGGCCUCUGUGAUGAUGGGAUUAAUGCCGUGAUGCCUGAAUGCGUUUCUUUCUAAAAUUCUGUCUUAGAUUUGCAUGCCUUGGAAGAGAUGGAAUUAUCAGUGAAAAGGGGAAGAGAAAAGCGCUUGUUUCAUGAUAUAUAUACAAGCUUUGUUAUAAAUAGGAUAUAAUUAUUUUCCAGUUCAUGCG